GUGUAUAGAAUAGAUGGGAUAGGCAUCGAUCCCUAGUCUCCAUGGAUUAUUGAAAAUCAAAGACUACAUCAAGAAUGAAACAUAUAAUCUAGAUGGAAUGUCUUGAGAGUUGGAGGUUCUUGUUUUGUCUGCUUUAAUUAUGUGCACGUGGUAACAGGUAUUGGGGAUCCCGCGUGUGAUGUACGUUUUAUCACUGGAGAAUUUACUUUGUGGAGUUUUGUAAUCUGAAUUUCAUCAUUCAGGUAGUGUCUUUGUAUAUGAAGAGUAUUGGAGGUUUACAUAUUCUUUAAUUUACCCCAGAGAGCCUGAACUUUUACGGUUUUAGCAGAUAAUAAAUGGAAUUGUAUGUUUCAGCUUCUGGGGAAGAAAGAAGAGCACAGACAGAUCAUAAAGUGAAAUAUUGCCUGGGCGUUGAUGCCAUUCAGAGGACUACCAGGAAACAAGGCACGCUGAACCACUCCUCUCACAAGGUGUCCUGCUUUUCUUCACGAAGCCUUGAUCCUUUGGAUUAAAUUAAAGAAAUUGGUUGUGGAAGCUGGAAUUACCAGGACUGGGAACUCUUCACUAUGACAUAUGCAUAUUGUAUACAUACAGUAUAUUCUGACCAGUGAGGAGGUGUCUUGAAGAGGACUCAAAAUGACCAGGACAUUUUGGCUUCUCCUCGUCUGUGGACUUGUGUCAGUGGUGCUAUCUAGUAGUAACGUGCUAUCCAGUAAUGACACAUCUACUGAAAAUGAAACAAAGAAGGAGGAGGAACAUCACGCCUCCAUCCAUUUGGCAACCAUUAAGUUUGACUAUGUCAAACAACCUCUCAUCAUCGCUGUCUUCAUCUUUGCUGCUGGAAUUGCGAAGCUGGCUUUCCACCAUGCAGAAUUCAUUUCAUCUAGGGUUCCGGAGUCAUGCCUUCUGAUUAUACUUGGAAUCAUAGUUGGUGCUAUAAUGAGGAGUCAAACAACAGAAUCAUCAGCGUGUAAAACAUUCAACGAGAGUGCUAAUUAUCAUGUAGAGCAGAGACCAGCUAUAUCCAUGACCUCUAGUCUGUUCUUUCUCUGUCUCCUACCCCCCAUAAUUCUAGAGUCUGCAUACAGCCUUCAUGACAGAACAUUCUUUGAAAAUGUUGGCAGUGUCAUCAUUUUUGCAGUAAUAGGCACAGUGCUAAACUGCUUCCUAAUUGGGCCCACUCUGUUUGCGGCCUCCACCCUCGGUGCCAUGGGGUCCCUUGAGUUGGAGCUGAAGCCAUGCCUUGUGUUCAGUGCCAUCAUCGUUGCUGUGGACCCUGUAGCAGUGCUGGCUAUUUUCCAAGAAGUAGGCGUCAACAAUGUGUUGUAUUUCUUGGUGUUUGGGGAAUCGCUCUUCAACGAUGCUGUAACUGUGGUGCUAUACAAUAUGAUGCAGGAGUUUAACAAAAUGGAACAUGUCCCUCUUAUAGAGGUUGUGAAAGGCUUGGUCUCCUUCUUCAUUGUCAGUUUGGGAGGUCUUUUCAUUGGGAUUUUCUUUGGUGUGUUAACUGCCAUAAUAACAAAAUACACAGGCACUGUCAGAGUGGUCGAGCCAUUAGCUGUCUUUGUAUUAGCCUACAUCUCCUACCUUGUUGCUGAACUAUUCCAUUUCUCAGGUAUUAUCAGUUUGAUAGGCUGUGGGUUGAUGCAGGCUCACUAUGCAUUCCAUAAUAUAUCCCAGAAAUCACGGACAACAAUCACUUACUUCAGUAAAAUGCAAAGCUCCCUGAGUGACUGUAUGAUUUUCCUGUUCCUGGGUAUAGGCCUGUUCAACUGUGAGAUUAUGAACCCUAACCACUGGAGUUGGCAGCUAAUUCUCUGGACACUGCUUCUGUGUCUUCUCUACAGAUUUAUUGUUGUGUUUGGUUUGACCUGUAUCAUAAAUAGAUCCAACAGGAUGAGAAAGAUCCUAAAUGUUGAAAAGUUCAUCAUGGCUUACGGAGGCUUGCGAGGAGCAGUGGCCUUCUCUCUAGUGGACUUGUUGGAGCAUGGAGAUUUUCAAAAGAAUACCAAGGACAUGUUCAUGACAACAUGCCUGGCUUUGAUAUUCUUCACAGUAUUUGUGCAGGGAAUAUCCAUCAAACCACUAGUGAGGUUCUUGCAAAUCAACUUACAAGAAGAGAAAGAUCUGAAAUUGUCAGAAGAAAUCAACACUCAUGUCAUUGAUCAUGUGAUGGCUGGCAUAGAAGAAAUCCUCGGAGAACAUGGAGAGAAUUAUUUAAGAGAAAUCCUGGAGUAUUACAACAGGAAAUACUUUAAGAACUGGCUGAUGAAAGAUCCCACCAGUAUAGACGAACAGAUCAUGUCUUGCUUUGAGGAAAUUGCUCUUCAACAGCAUUUUGAAAAUUUACAAGGCAGUGCUAUGAUAAAUUCCAAGUAUGGCAAUCUGGACUUUCCUUGGCUGCAUCAAGAGGAGAAUGGAGUUCAGGAAGAAGUGUCAGAUGAUGAAGUAAGCAACAAAUCAGAUGACCUUGUCCUUCCUGCAGUCACUAUUGACCAACCACUGAUGCCGAAACAGCUUCCUAGUGGCUACUGGGAAGAGGAAAAUGAUCGUCUCAAACAAUUCUUGGAUAGCAAGCUGAAGCAUUCUGGUGCUAAGAGGAAGUCCAUUGUCCCAGCGUUCUUACGAAGUAAGCAAGAAAUUUCCCAGGAGCCCACUGCACAGGAACUCAAAAAUGUAUUUGUUCCUUCCUACAGAGAGGUACGUCACAGAAAAUUGGAUAAGAAUCUCAAGGAUGAAAGUUCAACUGACUUGCUACGAUAUCUAAGAGACAAACAGAGCAGAAAUCGAAGAAUGUCUCGAGCAGUGUUUAAAGACUCUAAAACGAAUACACCUUUAGGCUCUAACAAGGCUUUGCAUCAUCGGGGUGUUGUUGAGAAUUACAAACGUAGACUCAGUUUAGCUGUUCCAGAAAGACCUAGAUUUCAGAGAGGGAGGUCCCCCUCAGAUGUGACAAAUUUACGUGGAGCAAAUUUAGAAAGUUUCAUGGAUGGGAAUGCCUUAGUUCCAAAUCCAAUAUUAAAACCCAUUGAGGAAGGUAAUCAGAAACACCGUGUUGAAAAUGAAACAAGCCCUAAAAACUCUGAUCGACGCCAAGGUGCAAAGGAGAAGCGAAAACGACUACAGAAAAGUAAAUCUGAGAGCGAUUCUCCGCAAAAACGACCAUUCCUGGACAAAUCAAAAAGCAUCUUUACUUCUAUCUCUGAAGAAGACGAUGAUCCAGAGGAGAGCAAAGAAAAGCAGGCAGAGAGACCAAAUUCAAGUCAAGGUCAUACUGAGAGUAACCCUGAUCUUUCAACGCGAGACGGCAGCGGAGUGCCGAAUCCUAACAGAAAGCCCUCGUACAACAAAGCAAUGAGUGAUCCGACCAGUGAGACGGUGGAACUGAAAAGUUACAAGAAAAAAGAAGACUGAACAAUAACUCCUGCCAUUUGAAUGAGGUUUUUUUCAUAUAUUUGUUUUUUGUUUUGAAGGAAAGAGGAAUAUGCAUUACUAUUUAAGGCACUUGUCACAUCUUAUUAUUUUUAUUUCAACACAGCAUCGUUGCAUGAUAGAUUGAAGACUUCUUGAAACUAAAUUUGUAUUCUUUGAAAUUGUCUGUAUAGGUUGAUGAAAGUACAGGUGAACUUCGGUAUCUCAAACACUGAUAUCUUGAAAACAGGUACAAUGGAUAUGUUUAAGUGAUUUUAAGUCCCAACCUCUUGUACUUUGCCCUUGAUAUCUUGAAAACUCUGAUAUCUCAAAAUUUAUAAUCAGUCCCAUUUAGUUCGAGAUGAUGAGGUUUGACUGUUGUGUAUUAGGUUUUUAUUAUAAUAAACUGCUCUUUUCAAAUCAAUGAAUAAUACUACAGAUUCAUUUUUUAUUUGAAAAAAAAAUUAUAUCAAGCUUUAAUGAAAUUGCUUAUCUUCUGUCUUUGAGUUUUUUCUGCAAAUCAAAUAUUUGACAAAUAUUCAUCAUUUACUUUAUUGUAAAAAACAAACUUCACAUCACCCACUGUGGCUUUUGAUACAAUUUAGAUUUGCAUAUUUAUGUACAUUUUUGUAAAGCAACCUUCUACAUUUAGUUUAAAUCUUAUUCAAAUUAAAAGAAACAUACGAAUAGUGAUGAUAAUGAAAACCACUUCAACAUUGCAUUAAAUAUGGUAAGAUAGUUUCUGGUAAUAAAAAUUUGAAAGUUAUACACACCAUCCAUGAAUCGAUAAUAGUAGAAACAUACAAAUUUAUUUGAAUCUCAGUUUACCCCGGUAAUAUGAUUUGAGAUUAUGCUGAUCUUUUCAAUGUGUACCAUAUGUCUCGUGUGCAGACAGUAUUUUUUAUUCCAUAUUUAUUGAUUUAUAUGAUUAACUUUGUUAUCUAUUAAAAGAAAUCCAACAAAUAUUUUCCUAUUGUUAGAGUUUUAAUAUACAUCUGAAUGUGAAUAACUGUAUACAUAUAUUAUUUAUUCAUAUUUAUUUAUUUUUGAGUGCAGUGUUGCAAUAUUGUUAUUCUUAAUAUCUAACCAAUUUACAUUUCAGUCUAGUUUAUUAAUAUCACUGUCAAAGAAGUCAGACAUGAUAUUCUGUGAUAUUGUAACUUAACUUUUUCUUUUUGUUUAAAUGAUAGAGAUUUUGCUUUAACUAAUAAUUUUCUACAUAAUAGUAAUUGUAAAAAUAUAAUACAGAUUGUAUACAAUGUAUAUAUAUCACUGUCUGUGCUUUCAAAAUAUCUUAUUCACUUUAAAGCAAGCGGGACAAGCAAGAUGAUGUUGCACAGAAUUUUACAUUUGCGGAUCUUGCAAUCUUGUCUCAAUAUUUUUUGUAUUUGUAUCUAAAACUGUAUUUGUGAUAAAAUGAGACAGAUGUUAUUUUUCCUUCUGUUAAGGUUAUUUGUUAUGAAAAAGGGUUGUGUUUCUUAUAUGAAAUUUGUUCUUGUGAUGAAUCUGUUUUUGCACAAAGGUUUCCUGUCCUACUGUUAAGUAAUCUCUUAUUGAAAAGGCACUGGAAUACAAAACACUUUUUUUGAAUGAUGCAUGAUAACCUUAAUUUAGUUUGAUGAUUGUAUCAAAGGGGAAAAUAUAUUGUUUCAACAAUUGUUACUUAUAAGAUAUUUAUGGUUUUUACAUCCUUUGGCUGCAAUAUAAUUUUUUAUACAUUUGAAUGAUUUUAGCCAUUUAUGAUUAAAGUGUUGCUGUUUCUUCACAUAUCACAUACAUUAAAAUAGUAUAAAGAUGCAAUCUAAAUAUGUAUGAACUUAAUAAUUUUGAGCCAUAUAUUUAAAUCAAAUUCAAAUUACAACUGUAAAACUAAGAAAUGAUCUCUGAUGUUGUGUUUUGAAUAUUUUUGGUCUCUAUAUUAAUCUUUCUCACUGUACUGUGUAUAUGGUAUUGCAAUUUUAAAAAAAUGAAUUUUUCACUCACAACACUCUAGACUUUGAGCAUAAUAUUAAGGUUUGUUGAAUAAAAUAUUAAAAAAUAAA